AUGUCGUCAACUCUUACCAAUCUCUCCAAGUCUUUGGGUAGAAAGUUGUUUGGGGGGUCUGUGCAAAGAAAGCUACUCCCCAGGCCACCUGUCCCGACCAUCUAUGAAGAUGAACGGCUAGAAGAAUCCGACGAGAGUGAGGACGAACCAUCCCGAAAACCUGACCAGAUUCUUCAAAGGCAACCCAUUCUUACAAACUAUGCCCGACAAGAACGAAAGCGCUUUGUGAGCUCCUACUAUCGAGAUGUAUCAUCCAGCCAAUGCCAAAUCCCACCAGCCGCUACCAGAGGUCCUAGCAGAGAUGAAGGAGAUAAUAUCUUGCUGUAUCACCCGGACUUGACAAUCCCGGUGGGUGGUGGCAGCUUUGUUCAUGUUUCCCAGUAG